AUGUCUACUCCAGAGGAAGAGGAGCCUCCAGGGCGUGAGGGAUUCGUUGCUUCGUUGACAAAGUUUGGUGAGGAGAGAGGCAUAAACGUAGACCUCCAAGCGCGUGUUAACACUAAGCACAUCGACCUCUACAAGCUAUGGAAUGUGGUCAGAUCAAGGGGAGGAUAUGAUGCUGUCAGCGCCGAAAAGUUGGCGUGGAGGAAAGUGGGACUCGAUUUCAAUCUAGGCACUGCAAACGCAGCAGCGUAUGCUUUUGCUCUGAAGACGACAUAUUACAAAAACCUUGCGGCUUAUGAGAUCAAGACCCUGCAUGGUCGAGAGCCUCCUCCGAUUGAGAUCCUCGAGAAGUUGACUGCAAAGGGCGGUGACAUCCUUAGCCGUACAGUGGAGAACUUCAGACCUCCCCAGAGAUCCAGCCUGAUCAACGGCGACAGCGAGUCAGGAGGUGAAGAGUCGAAGACACCAAAAGACGAAAAGAUGGACAUUGACGAGCCUGGUAGUGUGGGACGGAGUACACGAGGUCUUCGCCAAGCUCCACCUCAAAGGAUCCCUUUUCAGCCGGAUGUGUCAUCCUCUAGACAGCUGCGUCACUCCUCCGGCCACGCUCCAUCACCACAACCAGCAACCACGGCCCACACCGGCUAUAAUUACUCCGCAUCCUCGAACCCGAACAGCGCCCAAUUUGCUAUUGCCAACUAUGAGCCUCGUCCUCAAAUGCCCUUGACUUUACGCCCGAUCAUGACUCCGAGCUAUAACGCUGCCAUGUUCGAGGAGCGCCAAAAGUUGGCACGAAUGGCAAGGAAAGUCGAAUUGGGGCUGAUUUCGCCAAGUACUAAGGGCAUGAUGAAGCCUGGUGCUGGCUUCGAUGGUCCAAAUAUCUACGUCCGAACCCUUCAAGGACUGCGCUCACAGGUUCCUGAAGAACAGGACUACGCCCUGCACCACCUUGUCAAAAUCUCUCAUGAACGAGGAGACAAGUACAAGUUCGAUGCUUUUCCUAAUCUGGCCGAGGGUCUCAUCGAGUACGUGCUUGGCAUCAGCUCUCUUUUCUAUGAUGUCAAAUGGGAGAUCUGCUACUCCGACUACGAAGAGGGAAUUAACGUCCUCGAUGGAAUAAGAGGCACCCCAGACAUUUUGCAACGCAUAAAAUCCCUUAAGCGGGUCGACACCUCCGAUGAAAUGGAGUCGGAGGAAUUCGGUCGCAAGCUCACUAAAGUCCUCGAAGCUGGUUUGACAAUCAGAAAUCUGUCCCUUCUCGAGGACAAUGCUGUCUAUCUAUCGGAGAUGCCCCAGCUUAGAGACUUCUUGUCGAUAGCGCUCAAUCUUCCAAGCUCUCCAGCCAUCACAGAGCUGAAGCAUUAUGCGCUAGACAUCUCGGAGCAAGUUACGAAGUAUUGGCGGAUGGACGCGUCAGACCCGCUGUACCGCUCCCUCCUAAACCAGGUAGAUAACGGACACGACCGUGGCGCCAUACUCACUGCUCUCCGCGCCAUCAGCCGAAUAUCUAUGAACCUUGACGACACGAAUCUCCUUAAAGGUGUGCCCGUUUCGGUCAUUAAGCGUAUCUGCGAAUGGACUCUACUGGAUGACGAAGACUUUGUCAGUGCUUGCCUUGACUUCCUCUAUCAAUUCACCGCGGUACCUGAGAACGUCGGGGUCCUUCUGUCAAACUCAAAUGAACUUUCCCUCCCAUCUUUCCUUGGCCAGCUCACGCGAUUACUUCAAUACCAUGCUCGAACAGAACGUAAGGAAGAAGUGGCCACCAAAGCUAUAGCAGCUGCAUCCGCAACAGAGAUUCCCAACGUUCCUCAAGAUCUAAUGGACCAAUUCCUCAAAUCCGAGGAACCGGAUCGCUCCAAUCACUGGCUCAAAGCAGUGUUUGAGGAAGACGCCGAAAGCGACAUUACACAGAUAGCAUUAUGGCAGGCUUACCAAGCUCGGUUCGCAGAAUACACAUCUCCUACGACUCAGCUUCUACCGGCAGCGGAAUUCAUUAAGAAUGUCAGCACCAUCUUCGCUGGCGCCAAUGCACAAGUCGUCAACGGCGUCAAUCACAAGUUCAUCAUCAAAGGCAUCCGACCUCGUCAUGCUCCCAUGGAUCCGAAAGGUAGAGUGUAUAGUCGAUGUCUGUGGAAGGGCCCCAGCUCAAAGCCGUGCGCAGACUUCUUCCUGAAGCCAAAAUAUAUGUUUGAUCACCUUGUCUACGAUCACCUUGGAAUGGACCGACGAGCUGACGGCACCUGGGAUUUCGAAUCUACUACGCGUGCGAGUCAGCGUCCGAACGAUUGCUACUGGUCGAAUUGCCGACACUUCUCCACCAAUGGCAGUAAAGUGCCGUCACCAUAUCGGCUGGGUAUGCACAUCAAGACCCACCUUCCAGAUGUGUCGAAUAAAGCGGUGCUCAGACAAAAAAACAAUCGCACUCCCGCCAACCAAACAGCUCUGCCACCAAAGGAGACAAACGGCUACACGGUGUCUACAGGAACCCUGAAGGUUGAUUCAGCACAGGGCAGGGAGGCCACUUACAACUGCCAAGUUUUUCAAAACACCGCUAUCGAUGAGCUUGGGAACGCAGCUGGGCUACCACUCACUAGUGUGCUGGUGUUGCGCAACUUGGCGAGGAACAUUCCCAAAGCAGCUGUGCUGCUUGAUACAAUCAACCGUGACGCCUUUCGUAUUGAUUGCAUGGAAAAGCUGUUUGGACCAUUGAAGGAUAGGUUGAUCUUUGUGGUGGCUUAUAACAAGCCUUUGGCUGGAUAUGUGUCUGAUGUGAUGGGGUUGCUUGAGAAGGGAAGUACACCUUGA